AUGGUUAUAAAAUUAAGGCUUUGUUCCUCUGCUGCCCCAUCUUCACUCGAGGCACUCCAAGUCGACGGGCAUUUCAGUUUCGUCCAAAAUGAAUUUGCAGCUAGAGAUUUUGGCAAUCAGUUUCACUUCCUACCUUCAGCAGUUCUACAUCCCAAAUCAGUAUCUGAUAUAGCCACUACUAUUAGACAUGUUUGGCAAGUGGGACCCGGUUCCGAGCUGACUGUUGCGGUCAGAGGCCAUGGCCACUCGGUACAAGGCCAAGCGCAAGCUCCACAAGGAAUUGUAAUCAACAUGAAGUCACUGAAAGGGCAAGGUAUGCAGGUCCACACGGGAAAAUUUCCUCAUGUGGAUGUCUCUGCUGGCGAGUUGUGGAUUGAUAUUCUGCAAGAAUGCCUGAAAUUCGGGUUAGCGCCAAAAUCUUGGACAGAUUACCUUCAUCUAACAGUUGGUGGUACUUUGUCGAAUGCUGGGAUCAGUGGGCAGGCAUUUCGACAUGGUCCUCAAAUCAGCAACAUCGACCAACUUGAGGUUGUCACAGGAAAAGGAGAAGUGGUAAUUUGUUCAGAGGAACAGAAUGCUGACCUCUUCCAUGGUGUUCUUGGUGGACUUGGUCAAUUUGGUAUUAUAACUCGAGCUAAAAUUCCCCUGGAGCCCGCACCAAAGAUGGUCAAAUGGAUCAGAGUGCUUUAUUCGGAUUUUGACACCUUUGCUAGAGACCAAGAACGUUUAAUAUCUGCAGAAAACACGUUUGAUUAUGUAGAAGGCCUUGUAAUCGUUAACAAGACGGGUCUUAUUCAUAACUGGAGAUCAUCCUUCAACCCACAAGAUCCAGCUAAAGCCAGUCGAUUCAUAUCAGAUCGAAGAACUCUCUUCUGCCUGGAAUUGACAAAAAAUUUCAAUCCUGAGAACGCUGAUAAAAUAGAACAGGAGAUUGCGACAAUAUUAUCAGAAUUAAACUACAUAGCUUCAACACUCUUCAUGUCAGAAGUUCAAUAUAUAGAAUUUUUGGACAGGGUUCACUCGGCAGAGAGAAAACUAAGAUCAAAAGGAUUGUGGGAUCUUCCACACCCAUGGCUUAAUCUACUUGUGCCAAAAAGCAAGAUUCACAACUUUGCUGAAGUUGUUUUUGGCAACAUUCUAAGGGACACAAAUAACGGCCCAGUCCUCGUCUAUCCAAUGAACAAAUAUAGGUGGAACAAUAAAACUUCAGCUGUACUUCCAGAAGAAGACAUUUUCUACAUGGUGGCAUUCCUUCCCCAUGCAAUUCCCUCAUCUAUGCAAAAUGAUGGGUUACAAUUCUUGAUAAGUCUAAACAACAGAAUUUUAGACUUCUGUAAAACGGCCCAAUUGGGAGUAAAGAAAUAUCUUCCUUAUUAUACAACACAGGAAGAGUGGAAGGAACACUUUGGUCCACAGUGGGAAGUCUUUUUACGAAGGAAAUCAGCUUAUGAUCCACUAGCAAUUCUUGCUCCGGGGCAGAGAAUUUUUCACAAGGCGAUAUUUACUAUAUAA